AUGUAUAAAGGUAUGUAUGACUUCAUACAUAUUGAUGAAAAAUGGUUUUACUUAACCAAGAAGACACAAAGAGUUUAUCUAGCACACAAAGAAAAAAUUCCAUAUAGGGCGGGAAAGUCAUCAAAAUUCAUUCCAAAAGCCAUGUUUUUAGGGGCGGUUGCAAGGUCUAGAUGGAAUCAAUAUGGCCAAUGCACAUUUGAUGGGAAAAUCGGAAUUUUCCCUUUCGUAAGUAGGGUUGCAGCACAAAGAAAUUCAAUUAACCGUCCAAGGGGGUCUAUAGAAAUUAAACCAACUGAUUCGGUUACUCAGGAAGUUUAUAGGAGCAUGCUCAUAGAACAAUUAAUUCCAGCAAUUCUUAGAAAAUGGCCAAGUGAUGGUCCAUCGAUAAUUUUCAUCCAACAAGAUAAUGCAAGGGUUCACAUAACAAAUGAUGAUCCAAUUUGGCAACAAAACAAUAGGCAAGGGGGCUUUAGAUUCAUUCUAACUCAACAACCACCAAAUAGUCCCGAUUGUAAUAUUCUAGAUUUGGGUUUUUUUAGGAGCAUACAAUCACUUAUGCAUAAGAAAAUGCCAAACAACAUGAAUGAGUUAAUAAAAGCAGUGGAAGAUGCAUUCGAAGAGUUACAUCCAAAGACUUUAACCAAUGUUUGGAUUUCAUUACAACACCACUUAAAUGAAAUCCUAAAGGUUAAAGGGUCUAAUGACUAUGUUCAGCCACACCUAGGGAAGAAAGUUCAAGAAGACAAUGGAAGGUUACGAAUACAAGUGCGAGUACCAUCACAAUUGGUUAGGGAAUGUGUACGUUUCCUUAACCCAAGCACAAAUCAGCAAGGCACACAAACAGAAAAUGAAGAUGCUGCACAACAUAAUCAACAAAUACUUGAAGCAUAUGAUGAAGCAGUGGAAGAAUCUCAAAGAUGA